AUGUCUACUGCCGUCGACAACCUCGCCGACAACCUGGCUUCCACCUCCAUCAACGAAUCCGCCAACGGCACCGCCCAGACGGACGCGGCUGCGGCCAGUGCUGAUGAGGGACGUCGGCUGUACAUUGGGAACCUCGCUUAUGCGACAACUGAGGGGGAACUCAAGGAGUUCUUCAAGAACUACACCAUUGAGAGCGUCUCCAUUCCCGUCAACCCGCGCACCAACCGCCCUGUCGGCUACGCCUUCGUCGACCUUGCCACUGCUUCCGAGGCGCAGUCUGCCAUCCAGGAGCUGUCCGGCAAGGAGAUCCUGGAGCGCAAGGUCUCCGUCCAGGUUGCCCGCAAGCCCGAGCCUGCGGAGACCAAGGCGGAGGGUGCAGUGAGUGGCGGUGAAGGAGCCAACGCCAACGAAGGCCGCAAGAGGCCAUCCGGCCGUGGUCGUGGCCGUGGCCGGGGCCGUGGAGGCCGUUUCGGCCGUGGUGGGCGCCCGCGCACUGGCGGAGCCCCUCCUGCCCAGCAAAAUGGUGAGGCUGCCACUGGAGCUGCUACCAACGCUCAGGGUCAGGCUGCUCCACUAACUGAAGUUACCAAUGAAGGCCAGCCGGCUGCGGCCAAGGAAACCAAGCCCCGUGGUCGUCCUCAGAAGCAGCGUGGUCCUCCUGAGGAUGGCAUCCCGUCCAAGACCAAGGUCAUGGUGGCUAACCUGCCCUACGAUCUGAGUGAGGAGAAGCUCAAGGAGAUCUUCAAGGACUACGAGCCCGUUUCUGCCAAGAUCGCUCUGCGCCCGAUCCCUCGUUUCAUGGUUAAGAAGCUGCAGGCCCGGAACGAGCCCCGCAAGGGCCGUGGUUUCGGUUUCGUGACGCUGGGAUCGGAGGAACUGCAGCAGAAGGCCGUCCAGGAGAUGAAUGGGAAGGAAAUUGAAGGUCGUGAGAUCGCUGUCAAGGUCGCCAUCGACAGCCCCGGCAAGGAGGAUGUUGUCCCGGGUCAGGCUGGUACUCAGCAGCCGGCUGAGCCGGCCGCUGGAACCGCCGAGGAGAACACCGCCCCGGCCGCCGUUUAA